AUGGGCAGAAUUGCAGUGAAUUCAGUAACUUCAACAAUAGAUCUAAAAGGCUCAGUGGAAUACAUCGCAUCAGAAUAUGGAUUGAGUGGCAUGACGUCUCCUUCGGGAGAUGUUUAUAGCUAUGGUAUUUUGUUAUUAGAAAUGCUGACAAGGAGACGGCCAACUGAUAAUAUGUUUGAUGGUGAUCUAAACCUGCAUAGUUGGGUAAAAAGUGCAUUUCCAGACAAGGCUACUGAGGUAGUUUAUAAAAGCUUGUUAAUGGAAGGGGUUGGAAAAGAAAUAGAAGAAUGUCUCAUUUCGUUGAUGCAAUUUGGUUUGUUGUGUUCAAGUGAUUCACCUAAAGCUCAGCCCACUAUGAGAGAUGUAUUGAAUCUAUUGAAGAAGAUUCAAUGGGAUUUCAUCCCAGACACUUCUGCUUCCAUCAAAUUAAAGCCCACUAAAUCCAAUUUAAUUCCUGACAGAGGUGCAAUUACUAAUUGUGAUGAUGCAUCAGAUAGCCAAAGCUCCACAUUUUAG